UGAGGGCUAGUGUACUGUGGACCAGCAAUGCAGUGAUGUACGCUAUCUUCCUAACGGCCGAGAGGGGCAACUGCGGUAGUGCCGCCGCGAGGAGGAGCAGCAGCAGUCCCAUGAAGAAACUGCCAUAGACCACAAAGACGUAGAGCCCCACUGACAGUGACUGCCGGAAACCCCACCUUCAGCAAACCCGUUCGUGAUGGGUUUCCAUUCACAGCUUGGACAGGUUAUGAUUUUAUUCUGUUAAUUCGUAUUUUCUCUCUCAUCUGUUUGUCAAGACGGUUGAUGGGUGUCUCACAGAAAUGAAAAAGAUUGAAUUUUUCUUAGAGAUUUUGCUUAAUUUUGUCAUUUUAUUCAGUCCCAAAGAGAUUGUAUAGAGAUGUUUUUAGCAAAUGUGCAAAUGGGUACUUUUAAUUUGGAAAGAAAUGGGUUUUUCCUUUUCGAUGCUCGCUCGAAUCCUACUUUUGUUAAUGGGUUUUCGGUUUCUCCGAAACCUGGUUUUGGUAUUGCCUUGAAUGCGAAUAGGGCAAGAAGGAUUCAGAUUUUUAAUGUAAGAGCACCCAAUUGUAGAAUUGUUUGUGCUCUGUCGAGGACAGAGUCGGAGAAAUGUACAAUUAGUGGUGGGUUUCUUGAGAAAGAGUUCAAAUUCGAGCCUGCGUUCGAUGAGUAUUUGAAGGUUAUGGAGUCUGUUACGAAUGGUGGGGUGAAAGAGGUAAGUCGAGGAAGAGAUGGAAAUCGUUCGAAGAAGAGUUUGGUUGGAGAAGAUGAUUUGGGUGGAUCAGAUAGAAAUUUGCAUCGGGUGAAAAGUAUUGAUUCUGUGGAGCAAGGUGAGGGCCGGAUGGAUGAGAAAAUUGAUGGUCGGGAUCAGAACACUCGUCGGCCAGAUAAGUUGGUGGAGAAUGAUGGUGGUGGGACUCACCGAGUUUCAAGUGGAGGGAGAUUAGUCUACAAAGAAAGAGAGAGGGAUAUGGGAGGGGAGUUUCCGAAGAAGGGUCGUUCUGUAAGUAGUCGAGAUUCAAGUAAAGGUAAAUGGGGUUAUAGAGAAAGUGAGAGGGAUUUGAAGGAUGAUAGAGGACUGAGAUCGUAUCAGAAGUUAGCUGGUGUUAAAAGAGAUGGGAGUGAUGGUGAUCCAGAGAGUAGAAAACCAGGUUAUUUCAAUGUUGGUUACUCCGUAGUUCGAAGAAAUCGAAAAUGGACAAAAGACGAAGUCAGAAGUGUAGGGAAGAAGAUGGGUGAGUCAGGUAUCAGUAAGAGAGUGGAGGAUGUGAGAGGAAAAGGACACUAUGGGAAAUUCAACGUUGUUAAAAGGGGUGAAAGUAAUGGGCAUUUAAGGGAAGGAGAACCCGGUCACUACAAAGAUUCUAUAGAAAUGAGGAAGAAACAGCUGCAACAAGAUGGAACAUGGGCAAAAGGUUGGAUUGAUAACGCAGAGUGGAAGAUGGAUGAGUUCAACAUUAAUGAGGUCAUGCCCAGACGGAAGAGUGUUUUUAGGACAAAGGAUGAAACAAAGACUAAUGAGUCCAAUGUUAAUAAGGGUAUAUUGGGAAGUGAGAGUUUUUAUAGAAGUGAUGAUGAAACCGACAUGGAGUCGAAGAUUAAUAACAGUAUUUUGGGAAGGGGGAGUUUCUCUAGUAGAAUGGAUGAAGGAAAGGCAGACAACUUCGUAAGAAACAGAUAUGAGAUAGACAGCGACAAUGAGGAGAAUGAAGUGUAUGCAGAUGAGAUAGAAAUAAACACUGCCAACCAUGGCACAGUGGUGCCAAGAUUGGAUCCGCGUGACAGUGGAAAAGAAGUUCGUGCACAAAAUAGAAGCGAAAGGCAGGUCUGGUUGCGUAAGGAUGCUGUUGAAGCCAGGAAGGUGGGCCCCAUGACUAACGAAGUGCAUGUAAGGUCGAGCGGAAAAUAUGUUCAAGCCAAGAGGAAUAAGGAAGUGUUUGGGUCAAGACGGGUACUCAUGGAAGAUGAUGAUCGCAAUGGGUUGGUAAUGGAGAGGAAAGCUUUUCAGUCUUUUGAAGUAUUCACGGACAUCAGGAAUAGGCCGCGGGUCCUACGGAUGGAAAUGGAAGAGAGAAUCAAGAAAUUAGCAAAGUCGUUGAACGGUACUGAUGUCAAUUUGCCGGAGUGGCAGUUCUCAAAGAUGAUGCACAGUGCGGAAAUCAAAUUCACAGAUCAUUCCAUUUUGAGAAUUGUCCAGAUAUUGGGUGCACUUGGGAACUGGAGACGGGCAUUGCAAGUUGUCGAAUGGCUUCAAUCACGUGAUCGUUUCAAGUCCUACAAGAGCAAAUAUAUUUACACGUCAGUACUUGAUGUGCUCGGGAAGGCGAAGCGGCCUGUGGAGGCACUUAACGUUUUUCAUGCUAUGCGUCAACAACUAUCAUCAUAUCCUGACCUGGCAGCUUAUCAUUGCAUUGCUGUCACUCUUGGACAAGCGGGCUAUAUGAAGGAACUUUUUGAUGUUAUUGAUUGCAUGCGAACCCUUCCUGAGAAGAAAUUCAAGAUGGGGAUGCUCGAAAAGUGGGACCCACGGUUGGAGCCAGAUAUUGUCAUCUACAAUGCUGUUUUAAAUGCAUGUGUUCGGCGGAAACAAUGGGAGGGAGCAUUUUGGGUAUUGCAGCAGUUAAAGCAGCGACAUAUGCCGCCUUCUAGUACAACAUAUGGCCUUGUCAUGGAGGUAAUGUUUGCAUGCGGCAAGUACAGCUUGGUGCAUGAGUUCUUCCGGAAAGCGGAGAAGACCUCUAUUCCAAAUGCUUUGAAUUAUAAAGUUCUUGUGAAUACUCUUUGGAGAGAAGGGAAAACAGAUGAGGCCAUAUUGGUAGUUCAAGAUAUGGAAAGACGGGGAAUAGUGGGCUCUGCCAGCCUCUAUUACGACCUCGCACGAUGUCUCUGCAGUGCUGGAAGGUGCCAAGAAGCACUGCAGCAGGUAGAAAAAAUCUGCAAGGUGGCAAAGAAGCCACUGGUUGUGACGUACACUGGAUUGAUUCAAGCUUGUCUAGAGUCAGGAAGUGUCCAAAACGGAGCGUACAUCUUUGAUGAAAUGCACAAGUUCUGCUCCCCGAAUGUAGUCACUUGUAAUAUCAUGCUGAAAGCGUAUAUAGAACACGGCAUGUUUGAAGAAGCUAAAGAUCUAUUUCAGAAGCUAUUGGAUGGCUCGAAUUGCUUAAGCAGCAGAGCUGAUACUAGAGAGAGAGUACUGCCAGAUAACUUCACAUUCAAUACCAUGUUGGAGGCAAGUGCUGCGGAAAAACGAUGGGAUGAUUUUGGGAGCUUCUAUCGAGAGAUGCUGCAUCACGGGCACCACUUCAAUCCGAAGCGCCACCUACGGAUGAUCUUGGAAGCUUCAAGGGCUGGAAAGGGCCAGUCAUUGGAGGCGACUUCAGAUCACUUGAUUCGAUCAGGCCGGCCUGUGCCACUUCCUAUUAUAAAAGAAAGGUUUUGCGCGAAACUACAAGAUGGCAAAGUCUCUGCAGCCAUUUCCUGCAUUUGUGACCAUCAGAUUAGUGGCCCACACACUUUCUCUGAGAAGGUAUGGUUGGAUCUAUUCAAUGGGAAUGCUGAUCGCUUUCAGGAGGAUGAUCUUGUUAGGUUGGUUCAUGAGGUGAGUACCCUUACUGCUGAAAAUGAUAGACCAAACUCCAUACUUGAGAAUCUGGUUUCUUCUUGUAGAGAAUUCAUUAGAACCCAUGUAAAAACAGCUGCAAGCGGCCCGCUAGAGAUCAGACAGACGCCGUCUGAUCUGGAGGGGAUGUCUUAUUGAAAUUCAAGAUUUGGGUCUUGAUGGAAAGAAUUGUUUGUUCUUAAGGUUGCAUAUGAUGUUGCUUGUUGAUCACUGGUUAUUUUAAGGGAAUGAUCA